AUGUCACGUUUCUUUCAACGCUUCCGACCUUGGGUUUUAAAAGCAGCGUACACAUCCGUAGCAACGCUUCAGAUAGCAUGUGGGACCUUCUUGAUCGGCGAGCAUGUCUUCCAAGUCCGUAACUCAACAGGCGCUUCGAUGCUGCCUACAUUAGCACCCGAAGGUGAUUGGUUACUGCACCUUCGAUUGCCGUUCUUACACUUUCUCUCCUCAAUACGCACCACUUUCUCACUAACACCAGAAGAGAAAGAAGGAUUGGAUCAUCCAUAUCACACAAGAGGAAAGAGGAUAGGCGGACCAAGCUUCUCCAAAGCAGAUCAAGCGCAGGGGAUAGAAAUCAAAGUUGGCGACUUGGUCGUAGCCCUAUCACCAUUCGAUCCGGAAAAAUUCGUGUGCAAAAGAGUAAUAGGUUUACCUGGAGACACAAUCUGCCUCGAUCCUCGUAAGCGACCCCUGCCAAUACAUGCUUGGAGAGGAAGAGGAAAACAGGAAUCGCCAUCAACAGGCAUUCAGAGAGAUGGAAGAGGAGAGGAGAGGGAUAGUGAUGCGUUGGACAGCAAACUUGUCAAGAUUCAAGACUUUCUUUCCUCUGUCGGACAUGCAUCCAGCCCCAUCAGGAAUUCAAGAAGGUCUCCGUUAGAAGUAGAAGGAGAUGUAGACCUACUGAAAAGUAUGGACACCAAUUCACCUUCCCCCCACUCCUCACCAAAAGGCAAGAAAGAACGACACAACACUUCAGAAGCAAAGGAACUACAAGAAAACACCUACGUUUGUUCAAAAGGCGAUGUUCAAUAUAUCACUGUUCCCCUAGGACACGUUUGGUUGAUGGGAGAAAACAUGACCAACUCCACGGAUAGCAGACAUUACGGUCCAGUACCGUUGGGUAUGGUGAAAGGUAAAGUUCUGGCGAGGGUGUUUCCUAAUCCUAUUUGGUUGACCAACAAUCUUACGUUUGUUGAUUGA